GCAGCGUGUCCUUGAGUGAGAGCACUGCAGCAGAUCUUAAAAGCUUUAAUCACCUGGACAUUUUCCAAAAAGGCCCUCAACCUACCUCCUCCCCCAUCCCCUUUUUCUUCCCAUCCUCACUCUGGACAUGCAGAUCUUGGUCAUUAAUAUUUCAGCAUCAGCCAGGGGCAGGCAUUGGCUACCUCGCAGCGCAGCUCGUCAAUAAGAACUGUCACGGGCUGUGUGGCUCACCACGCUGUCUUCAUCCCGCAGGGGAAUCAGAGCCAAAGGCAGCCAGAGACAAAGGCGCAGAGAGACGCAGCAGCCCCAGACGGGUAAGCGUGCACAGCGCAGCGUGCCUCGGGGGCUUGUCACCAGCACCCUCGGCCCAGACCUGCGACGCGCCCCAAAGCAAGCAGACGAAGAUGGAUGUCUUUAAGAAAGGCUUCUCCAUUGCGAAAGAAGGUGUGGUGGCUGCAGCAGAAAAGACCAAACAGGGAGUGACCGAGGCUGCGGAGAAGACCAAGGAGGGUGUGAUGUAUGUAGGUGCCAAAACCAAGGAAGGGGUUGUGCACAGCGUGAGCUCAGUUGCUGAAAAAACCAAAGAGCAGGCCAACAUGGUCGGUGAAGCUGUGGUGGCCAGUGUGAACACAGUGGCAGGCAAGACUGUCGAAGGAGCAGAGAACAUUGUGACCACGACUGGGAUUGUAAAAAAGGAGGAGCUAUCUCACCCAGAGCACCCUGCAGAACCAGCUGCUGCAGAAGAAGAGCCCCCAGCAGAAGACAUAAAAGCUACUGGAGAGGGUGAAAGUGAAAGCAAUUAAUCAGUUUCAGGACUACAGGUGUGACUGAGAGAAUUCCAGGAGUACACACUGCAACCUUAGUUGACACCACAGUAGUGAAAUCAUUCUUCUCAUUGGCUAACUACUUUCAGCGCUAUAGCCUUUCACGUGCCUCACUAACAUAUCAUACAAUAGAUGUAUGUCAGACUCUGUGUACAGGGCAACUGUUCACCGUGGUCUGUCCCACUCUAACCAUCGCUGUCUCCUUUGUGGCUUUUUACCUUCCCCUCUUUGAGCCUUCUGACUGUUAGCAAAUAACAUAAUGUGGUUAAAGUCACUGGUCAACGUUUUAUCUCUAUUUGCACCUGCACUUGGAAUCCCUAGGGAUGAUGGAAAUGAUUUUUUUAAACUACAAAAUAAAAGUAUUUGAACUACU